AUGCUGGCGGUGGGGCAGAUGGACGGCAGCCCCCGGCAGAGCGCCUUCCUGCUCGGCAGCCCGCCCCUGGCCGCCCUGCACAGCAUGGCCGAGAUGAAGACCCCGCUGUACCCGGCGUACCCGCUGCCCGCCGGGCCGGCCUCCUCCUCCUCCUCCUCCUCCGCCUCCCCGUCCCCGCCGCUGGGCUCCCCCAACCCGGCCGGCCUCAAGCCGCCGGCCCUGGCCAGCCCCCCGCAGCAGCUCUCGGCCGCCACCCCGCACGGCAUCAACGACAUCCUGAGCCGGCCCUCCAUGCCCCUGGCCGGGGCCGCCCUGGCCUCCUCGUCGCCCUCCGGCUCCUCCUCGUCCCCCGCCGGCCUCCUGGCCGGCCUGCCCCGCUUCAGCAGCCUCAGCCCCCCGCCGCCACCCCCCGGGCUCUACUUCAGCCCCAGCGCCGCUGCCGUGGCCGUGGGCCGCUACCCCAAGCCCCUGGCCGAGCUGCCCGGCAGGACCCCGAUCUUCUGGCCGGGGAUGAUGCAGAGCCCCCCCUGGAGAGACGCGCGCCUCGCCUGCACCCCCCAUCAAGGUUCAAUUUUGCUGGAUAAAGACGGAAAGAGAAAACAUACAAGACCCACUUUUUCUGGCCAGCAGAUUUUCGCCCUGGAAAAGACUUUUGAACAGACCAAAUAUUUAGCAGGACCAGAGAGAGCCAGGCUAGCCUAUUCACUGGGGAUGACAGAGAGUCAAGUCAAGGUUUGGUUCCAGAACCGGCGCACCAAGUGGCGGAAGAAGCAUGCGGCCGAGAUGGCCACGGCUAAGAAGAAGCAGGACUCGGAGACCGAGAGGCUGAAGGGGGCCUCGGAGAACGAGGAGGAGGACGAUGACUACAACAAGCCUCUGGACCCCAACUCGGACGACGAGAAGAUCACCCAGCUGCUGAAGAAACACAAGUCGAGCAGCAGCAGCUUGCUCCUGCACACGUCUGAGAACGAGAGCUCCUCUUAAAGGGGGUUUCAGAGGAGGGGGCCGGGGCCCAGGCGGACUCGGAGGACGCUUGCUAUUUUCUGAGAUGUUGUACAUAUCUAUUUUUCUAGACUUUAUCAGCUGACGGAGAGGAGGAAAGAGGCAGAAAAAGACGGCGAGUAAACAAACAUGCAAACCCAGCGCUCCCCUGCUCCUCCCGCCUGGCCCUUGGCCGCAGGUGCUGGCGCUGUUAUUGUAGGGUCGCAGGGGGGCUGUCUGAGUGCUCCCUCUUCUUUUGCAGACUUCAGAGCAGCUGAGUGGGGAAGGAGGGACCUACUUCCACCCACACAGCUCCUGCUGGGCGGACUAAAGCAACCUGUUGAAGGCUCUUUGUAAAUAAAUCGUGAGUCACACUGACUAUAGAAGUUACUUUACUGUGAAUAUUUAAAAUGUAAAAUACUUUUUUUUAAUAGAAAGGGUUGGGUUGGGUCCUACCCACCACCACCACCACCACCCCCUUGUCUGGCUUUUUUAAGAUCUGUUCUUUUGAAUAGUGAAUUGUGGAAUAUAAACGCUGGGAUUUGUUUGUGGUCUCUUCCUACACCUUAGCUGCUUAUUCUGAAUUUUCUCCUGCAGACCUUGAUUCCCUCCUAAUUUGAAUUUAGGCCCUCCAUUAAGGGCCUCUAUUAAGAGAUUUGAAACAGUCUACUGAUGUCUUGCCAAGUAUGAGGAAACACUCCCUCCCAUUCUGAAAUUGCACCCGCCCUUAAUGCUAUUUAUUAGUAUUUUAUAAAAAUACUUUUUUGGGCGGUGGGGGUGGGGAAAAUUUAAAUAGUUUUCUUUAUUUUAACCCGUUUCCAAUAAAAUGCGUGUUAAAAGUAGCUGGUGGGAAUUGUGACAACCACUUUCAGUCGAAAAUAUAAAAAAUCAUUUAGAUGCUGUAAUUGAAUUUAA